AUGGAUGACGGUUUUACCAUUGUUGGAGAGGAUGAGGUGAGGGAGAUCAGGGAUGCACUGGAAAACCAGAACUUGACUUCAGCCGUGGCUAAGAUCCAGGACUACUUUGAGCAGAUUGACAGUGUGGAACUAAAUAUUGCCAUCACCGGAGAGUCUGGCUCUGGCAAGUCCACCUUUGUCAAUGCAUUCCGGGGUCUGGUGGAAGACAACAAGGGCGCAGCUCCAACCGGCGUGGUUGAGACCACCAUGGAGCCAGCCAUGUACCCCCACCCUAAAUAUCCCAAAGUCAAAGUGUGGGACCUUCCCGGGAUUGGGACACUCAAUUUCAAAGCAGACGAGUACCUUCAAAAAGUAGAAUUCAAACGCUAUGAUUUCUUCAUCAUCAUCAUCUCAGAACAUUUUAAAGUCAACAAUGUGCAGCUGGCCACAGAGAUCCAACGCAUGAAGAAGAGGUUCUACUUUGUUCGCUCAAAGAUUGACAACAGCAUACAUGCAGAGAAAAGGAAGAAGGACUUUGACGAGGACAAAACCCUCAGUAUAAUUCGGGAAGACUGCAUGAAAGGCCUCCUGGAAAAUGGAGUGGCAUCUCCCACGGUCUUCCUUAUCUCCAGCCUUGACCUGCAGCUCUACGACUUCCCAAAGCUGCAGGAGACGAUGGAGAAAGAGCUGCCUGAACACAAGCAGCGUGUCCUCCUGCUGUCACUGCCCAACAUCACCCUGGACAUCAACAAGAAGAAGAAAGAGGCCCUGCAGGCCAACAUAUGGAAGGUGUCCCUGCUGUCAGGCGCCGUGGCAGCCAUACCCAUCCCAGGACUGUCUGUGGUGGUGGAUGUAGGCAUCCUGGUCAAAGAGCUCAGCAGUUAUUACCAGGCUUUUGGCCUGGAUGAUGAAUCCCUGAAAAACCUCUCUGACAAAACGAACGUGCCUCUGGAGGAACUGAAAGCGGUCCUCACAUCCCCCCUCAACAAGGAGAUAUCGGGCGAUGUGGUCAUCAAGUUGCUUACCAAAUUUGCCGGAGCAGGGGUGAUGUUGCUGGAGUACUGGGCCAGCACAAUCCCGGUGUUUGGCUCCAUGGCGGCCGCGGGAAUCUCGUACUCCACCACCCACAGGAUGCUGACAAGCUGCUUGAAUGAGCUGGCAGAGGAUGCACAAAAGGUCCUAAUGAGAGCUUUGCAGUCACCGGUGUGAAGAAACUACUUCUCUGCAGUUCAAGUGCCUUUCUGUACUAGUGCCUUUGAUCUUGAUGAAGAUGUUCUCAUCGAAAUUA